AUGCAGCAUCGCACGGGGAGGGCAGUAUACUCGAAAGGCGGUCGCCAUGUACCAAUGCCUAAGUUCAACAGCGGGGCAAAGUUGGUGGAUGCAAUUUUCAAUAAUGCAGCAGGAUCAACGACCGACCAAGUGGCAAACACAGUCAAUGCCAAUGCCAGUGCUCAUUACCGACGACGCAAGUACGUGUACGAAAAACAUGCUCUUUCCGCAUGUCUGAAUUACGAUAUCGGCUUAUAUCAAUACCACCAUCAUUAUAUGCGACCCACCUCACUUGAAUUGGAAUCAACGAGUUCUCAGUGUGCUGCCACAUUACAAAGGACCACCAUGGACCUAUAUGAUACUUUACAGGCUGAAUUCCCCCAAAUCGAUACUUCCCUUCUUGCAGCUAUCAUUGCAGACCAUGUGCAAGAAGGGGACGAUACCACCUACUCCUCUGACCAGGUCGAGACCAUACGAGAUAUAUUAAAGGUCCUUGCAAACCAGGCGCAGGAGGAUGAGUGCGAGCUAGACGACAUCAUGUCCAUUACGUCUCUCACCACUCCAGACCUGUGCGACAGUACAACUGCGAGCGAAUCAUCUUUAUCUCAGCACUCGUUCAGCUCGCCACUUGGCUUCUUGCAAGAAGCUUUCUCGGAUGUGCCUAUGGAACGCCUCAAACGCCUGCUGAGAGAAGAGUGUGGAGAAGUCCUGGAGGGAAACGGAGAUGUUGACAUGGAAAGAGUGGUGGAACAUAUCUUGAACAUGGAACAUAUACGCGACCUCGAGGAGCGUGGAAUUGAUGCCCUUGAACGAACUCCUUCACCAUUGCUCGAUGGGGACUGGGAAACCGUCAUACAUACGAAACCGAAAUCGACACCUAAGCUCGCCACGCCCACAAAAAAGAAGGCUAAGGGUCGUACGAUCAAAAUUGUGGAUAUGAUGCAGACACAGCAUGCCCCCCCUUCUUUAUUGCAGGCGAAAGGGAUGCAAAAGGAGGGGGUGACGAUGGGCGCUAUGGGCGCGGGUGUGGACAUAUGGACGCAAGUCUCCUCCCUUUCUACUCACCUCGCUGCACUACUUCCUCCAGCCCCACCAUCACAUUUCGCCCCCUUUUUCCACUCCCCAACACACGCCACACCCGCGCACGCCCUUCGCGCUGCUCUUGCAGCCUUGCCCUCGACUUCUACUAGCAUCAAACACAAAGCUAAUAAAAAAUCUCCUAUCAAGAAAUCUAAUCAAGAUGCAGAAACCAACACGCUAUUCGCCCUUCUCGACCUCCUCGAAGCCUCGCCCACUUUUGCCACUCUUGAUGCGGAACAACGUAAUACGUUGUACGCAGACGCCCGCGUCGCACUCUCUGCCGCACAGAACAGGCCGGAUGAUGCUCUAGAUAUCGUUUGGAUUCUGCGUGACCUCGAGCAUCCCGCAUGCCAAGCAGGAAUAUAUCAUCUCCCACCUCCGGUUUCAGGCUCAAGGUCAAAUUCUACUCCUGCACGUGCAAAGUUGCCGACCGGUCCCCCGCCUGUGCCGCCUCCACCAACGUUGAAGCGGAAAUCUGCAACCUCUCCUUCCAGUCCUAUCACACAGCCCCAACUCUCGGAGCCAUGGCAAGAUGUGCCGAUUCGAACCCCCAGAACCACACAACCCCCGGAGAACCCCAACCCCACGAACAAGCGUAAAAUCCGUGGCGCAGGCAAUGUGUUCGGCAAAGGCGGGAAGGGGGAUGCUGGAGAACUCGCCAAGAACGGGACAGGAGGGAGCAUCUCUGGGACGCGGCAUGCGCACUUUGCGCGUGGGAUGCUUCAGGCGCGCAUACAGCGCGAAGACCUGCUGCGCGAGGCGGGCCGAGCAUGGCGGGGUUCACUGGGCGGGGAGGUGGCGCUGUACUAUGCGCAGAGAGCGAGAGAGGUUACGGAGAAGGCGCGGGAGGACGCAUUGGAUGAGGCAAGAGGGUUAGUUGAAGCGAAGAGAUACGCUUCCGACGACAAAAGAUCCAUCGACCUACACGGGACAUGUGUUCAAGAGGCGAUAGUGAUCACAAGUGAGAUCUUAGAGAGGGAGGGAUGUUCACCUGUUACUGGGCAUUUUGCUGAACGGAGCUAUGUGUCAUACCCCCUUCGCCUUAUUACUGGCCGCGGUACCCACUCUGCAGGGGGCGUGGGCGUGUUGAAGCCCGCAGUACACCGUGCGCUCGUGAACAAGGGGUGGGAUGUAAGGAUGUGGGACGGAGGGUUAGUCGUUCGGGGACGGGAGCGAUGGCGUGUGCCUUGA